UGUUGAAUGCGUAAUUAAGGUUUUAUUUUGGCCUUUUUGUUAGUUCAUAAUCUCUCCUGGUUUUUCUUUUUGGGAAAGACGAUUUACGUUAGCUUGCAUUCUGUUAUGGGAGGAAUGAGUUGCAGAAAUUGUUGAAUUUUUGUCCAUUGUUCCUAAAUUUGGGAUUUUCUUAAGAGAAUACUGAUCUCUCAAACUUUAGAGAUAUUAUUGAACCAGUUCACUUGAAAAACACAGUUUUGAAAAGUUUCUAACGAUAUUUCGAUUUAUUAGGGCAUAGUCACGUAUCUUAAGAGGGGUUUUAUUGGUCUGCAUAUUUUGAUUUCCUGUAAAGUAUAAACUCUACUAAGAGAUCCCCCUGUUGUUUCCAUGAGAUGUUCCCAAAAAAGAUGCCAAAUUUUAAACUAAGAUGCUUUUAUUCAAGCACUGGAAGAAUAGUUGCCAGUGUGGAGGAAUUUACUGAGGAAAACACUCUGAUUAGUCGAAGAACCAUUCUCAGAUUGGUUUCAGCAUCUACUGCUUUUGGAAUAUCCACAGCUAAAACAAAUGGAGCUGGGUUGCCUGAGGAGCAAAAACCAAGAAUUUGUGAUGAAGCAUGUGAGAAGGAGCUUGAAAAUGUGCCAGUGGUAACGACAGAAACUGGUCUGCAGUAUAAGGAUAUACAAGUUGGUGUUGGUCCAACUCCACCUAUUGGUUUUCAGGUUGCAGCAAAUUAUGUUGCCAUGGUACCGAAUGGUCAAAUAUUUGACAGUUCUUUGGAGAAAGGUUUGCCUUACAUAUUUCGUGUUGGUUCUGGUCAGGUAAUAAAGGGACUUGAUGAAGGGAUAUUGAGCAUGAAAAUUGGAGGGAAACGACGACUAUUCAUACCAGGACCACUGGCUUUUCCUAAAGGCCUCAGUUCAGCACCUGGAAGGCCAAGAGUGGCACCUAACAGCCCUGUUGUUUUUGAUGUGAGCUUGGAGUAUAUACCAGGACUGGAAGUUGAUGAAUGAAACUCUCUAACUCAGUAUUUCUUUAUUUAUAUGCAUUUUUUCUUACAUUGAUUCAUCCUAUUGUUUCAAUCUAUAAUGAGGAUGUAAAAUGCAAAUGUUUAUAAUUUGAUGAAAUUAUGUAAUUUUCAAUUCAUAUUAGUUAUGGCAAUAAGUGUUCCUUUGAA